GGCGCGCGUAAAAGUGCGCGCACAGCUGUCAGCACCAAGGACAGCUCCGCUGCAGAACAACAGCAGCCGACGCGCAAAGAGAAGAGAAGGACGAUACGAGACGCAUCACUGAAUUCUGCUGCCAGGCUUCAUGUAGUAUGUGACUUUCUAGCUCUGCCUGUCUGCAGCCUGACUUCAAGGGGGAAUUAAGAAAAAGGCUGCAGUGAAUGCCGGUCUCUCAGAUGCCAUCGCCUAAAUGAACUGGGCACCAUGAACACAUCGCCGCAGUGUGUGUGCAUUUCGCAAAUGGGAUUCUAAAAAUUGCCACACUGGACAUUGCUUUCAAUCUCCUCAACCGAAUAGCCCCCACACGAGGCUCCGGCAGCGAUAAUAGGGGAGGAUACUGGGGCUCUCCGUGCGCUCUUCUGGCCCUCCACACGAUGCGUCUGCUUCUGCUGGCUGCGUUGUUCUCCUGCUCCUGCGUGCGGGGCGGCUGCGAGCCCAAGAUUGUGAACAUCGGGGCCGUUCUGAGCCAGAAGAGAUACGAGCAGGUGUUCAAGGAUGCGGUCACCCAGGCGAACCAGGUGUACGGAAGGGAUAAAUUCAAGUUGACCGCAAUCUCUGUCACUCACAAAGCCAAUGCGAUUCAGAUGGCGCUGUCUGUGUGUGAGGAUCUUAUUUCCAGUCAGGUGUACGCCAUCCUGGUGAGCCAUCCACCACAGUCUAAUGACCAUCUGACGCCCACGCCGGUCUCCUACACCGCAGGGUUCUACCGCAUACCUGUAGUAGGGCUCACCACCAGGAUGUCCAUUUACUCAGACAAGAGCAUCCAUCUCUCGUUCCUGCGUACAGUACCGCCAUAUUCCCACCAGGCACAUGUGUGGUUUGACAUGAUGAGGGAGUUCCGCUGGAAUCACAUCAUUCUAAUCGUCAGUGACGACCAUGAAGGCAGAGCGGCGCAGAAAAGACUAGAAACUCUUCUGGAGGAGAGAGAGACCAAGAAUAAAAAAAGGAACUAUGAAAACCAAGACCAACUGUCCUUUGACAACAAGAGAGGACCUAAGGCCGAGAAAGUGCUUCAGUUCAACCAAGAGACUAACUUAACUGCUCUGCUCCUGGAGGCCAAAGAGCUGGAGGCUCGAGUGAUCAUUCUCUCAGCCAGUGAGGAAGAUGCAGCCGCCGUGUACAAAACAGCGCGCUUCCUGAACAUGACAGGCUCAGGCUAUGUAUGGCUGGUCGGGGAGCGUGAGAUGUCCGGUAAAGCUUUGAGCGAGGCCCCUGAUGGGCUGAUUGGCCUCCAGCUCAUCAACGGCAAGAAUGAGUCGGCACACAUCAGCGAUGCCGUUGCCGUCGUAGCCCAGUCAAUCCAAGAGCUCUUUGAGAAAGAGAACAUCACAGAACCUCCAAGGGGCUGCGUGGGCAAUACCAACAUCUGGAAGACCGGGCCGCUCUUUAAAAGGGUAUUGAUGUCUUCUAAGUACCCAGAGGGCCUAACAGGACGCGUUGAGUUCAAUGACGACGGAGACAGAAAAUAUGCUCAUUACAGCAUUCUCAACUACCAGAAGAGCAGACUGAUUCAAGUCGGCAUUUACAAUGGAACACAAGUGGUGAUGAAUAAGCAGAGGAAGAUCAUUUGGCCUGGAGGUGAAACAGAGAGACCGAGAGGAUUCCAGAUGUCUACUCGAUUAAAGAUAGUGACCAUUCAUCAGGAACCCUUUGUGUAUGUGAAGCCAACUACGCUGGAAGGGACCUGCAAGGAAGAGUACACACCUAAUGGAGUCUUAAUUAAAAAGGUGAUCUGCACAGGACCAAAUGAGACCAUCCCAGGUAACCCAUCAGGACGCCCAAUUGUUCCCCAAUGUUGCUACGGAUUUUGCGUUGACCUUCUGAUCAAAUUGGCAAUGACCAUGAACUUCACCUAUGAAGUACACCUGGUGGCAGAUGGAAAAUUUGGAACACAGGAAAGAGUAAAUAACAGUAACAAGAAGGAAUGGAACGGCAUGAUGGGUGAGCUCCUGGGUGGCCUUGCUGAUAUGAUUGUCGCUCCCUUGACAAUCAACAACGAACGAGCCCAGUACAUAGAAUUCUCCAAGCCUUUCAAAUACCAGGGACUGACUAUCCUUGUGAAAAAGGAAAUUCCUCGUAGUACACUGGACUCGUUCAUGCAGCCAUUUCAGAGCACAUUGUGGCUACUGGUGGGUCUAUCGGUACAUGUGGUGGCGGUGAUGCUUUACCUACUAGACCGGUUCAGCCCAUUUGGAAGGUUUAAAGUAAACAGUGAAGAAGAAGAGGAGGAUGCCCUCACCUUAUCUUCAGCUAUGUGGUUUUCCUGGGGCGUCUUGUUGAACUCUGGAAUCGGAGAAGGUGCCCCACGAAGCUUUUCAGCAAGAAUUUUGGGAAUGGUGUGGGCUGGCUUUGCUAUGAUUAUAGUAGCAUCUUAUACUGCCAACCUGGCUGCCUUCCUGGUGUUGGACCGGCCUGAGGAGCGCAUCACCGGCAUCAAUGACCCAAGGCUAAGGAACCCAUCAGACAAGUUCAUCUAUGCCACAGUGAAGCAGAGUUCGGUGGAUAUUUACUUCCGGCGGCAAGUUGAGCUGAGCACCAUGUACCGCCACAUGGAGAAGCACAACUAUGAGAGCGCCGCUGAAGCCAUCCAGGCUGUUCGGGACAACAAGCUGCAUGCUUUCAUCUGGGACUCUGCGGUGCUGGAGUUUGAAGCCUCGCAGAAGUGCGACCUGGUGACCACGGGAGAGCUGUUUUUCCGUUCGGGCUUUGGCAUAGGCAUGCGCAAGGACAGCCCCUGGAAACAGAAUGUGUCCCUGGCUAUUCUCAGUUCCCAUGAGAAUGGCUUCAUGGAGGACCUAGAUAAAACCUGGGUGAGAUACCAGGAGUGUGACUCAAGGAGCAAUGCCCCAGCCACACUCACCUUUGAGAAUAUGGCAGGUGUCUUCAUGCUAGUUGCUGGGGGCAUUGCAGCAGGGAUCUUCCUCAUCUUUAUCGAAAUUGCAUACAAGCGCCAUAAAGACGCCCGCAGGAAGCAGAUGCAGCUAGCCUUUGCGGCCGUCAACGUUUGGAGGAAGAACCUACAGGACACUAAGGAGAGCUCAGGGAGUCAAGCUGUGGGUGCGGCUGGGACUCCAUCUUUACCCUCUUCCUCUGUAGAGACUCAGGAUGAUAGGAAAAGUGGUAGAGCAGACAGCGACCCAAAAACGAAACCCUCUUUUAGGUCCAUCAGUACCAACCUGGCCUCCAGCAUCAAGAGACGUAGGUCCUCCAAAGACACGCAAUUCCCACCCACAGACAUUACGGGCCAACUCAACUUGUCCGACCCGUCUGUCAGCACGGUGGUGUGAGGCAGAGAGAGAGAGGGAGAGUUUAACAUAAAGACAUGUUCAUUCUUUAGAGAAAAACAAAAAGGACCUUGAGAGGAGCGUUGUAGUACAACUCCUCAAGGUUUUGCACAAUGGAUCCAUCACGAACGAGAACUACUGAGCCACUUCACCUUUAUGGAGAUCCAAUGGGAACUGUCAGAACUUGAUGGUGGACUGAAAGGAAUGGCAUGACACUGCAAUGCACUGGAACGCUGCCAACACACAGAUCAUAUAAACACAUAAACACAUUCAGCUUGAAGCUAAACUUAGUAUACACUAUCAUCCUCAUUCCAUCCACCAGAACUUCUUCUGUAUAAAUUCUUUAUGAUUAUGUAGAAA